AUGUCGGCCAGGUUGAGCAGUUCUCGAGAUGACGCUGUUGCCGGAGGCUCGUCCCCUGUCACACACCAGACUCACAACGAUGGUAGUCAGAAAGUGGCCACAAAGUCCGUUGUCAGCAAUUACAAAGGAUUCGUGGCAGGAGUCUUCUCCGGCAUUGCGAAACUGUCGGUCGGCCAUCCUUUUGAUACGAUAAAGGUUCGAUUGCAGACCGCCGAAAAGAAAAGGUUCAAUGGACCGCUGGACUGCUUGCUGCAGACACUAAGAAAAGAAGGCGCAAGAGGACUUUAUAAAGGCGCAACGCCGCCGUUGCUGGGAUGGAUGGCUAUGGAUUCGGUCAUGCUGGGCAGCUUGACGCUCUACAGACGGCUGCUGCAUGAGAACGUCUUCACGAACCCGAUGUUGCGGCCGACAAAGUCUGCCGCAGAAUUGGCAAAGGAGAAACUGCCUACAGUCGGCCAUGGAAUCGCUGGGAUUAUGGCAGGCUCUACGGUCUCGUUCAUUGCCGCCCCGGUCGAGCACGUCAAGGCCAGACUACAGAUUCAAUAUGCCGCCCAUAAGAAAGACAGGCUGUAUAGUGGACCGAUUGACUGCACCAAGAAGAUCUUCAAGACGCAUGGGAUUCGUGGCGUAUACCACGGCCUUUGCGCAACGCUGAUAUUCCGCUCGUUCUUUUUCUUCUGGUGGGGAAGCUACGAUAUCAUUACCCGGGCUUUCCAGAGGCGCACUUCCCUUUCCACUCCUGCAAUCAAUUUUUGGGCAGGCGGACUGUCGGCCCAAAUUUUCUGGCUGACUUCUUAUCCCUCGGACGUCAUCAAGCAGAGGAUCAUGACGGAUCCGCUCGGUGGCGCGCUGAAUGAUGGGACUCCCCGUUUUCGACACUGGAAAGAUGCUGCUGUUACGGUAUACACAGAAUCUGGCUGGAGGGGAUACUGGAGAGGCUUUCUGCCCUGUUUUCUACGGGCGUUUCCCGCAAAUGCGAUGGCGUUGCUGGCAUUCGAAGGCGUGAUGAGGGCCUUGCCGGACUAA